UCAAUAGUCAUUCUUAUAAGAUCCCCGUCUCAGCCUCUUUUUAUAUAAAUCUUUCCUUCUAUCUCUCUCUUCUUCUCAAUUAACCAGCAUUUUGUUUAGUUUGGAGUGGGAUUGAAUAAAAAAAAAAUAAUGGCUCGCAAAAAGAUCCGAGAGUACGAUUCGAAGCGUCUCCUGAAACAGCACCUCAACAGAAUCGCUGGCGUUCAACUCAACAUCAGAUCUGCUCAGAUCACGGAGUCUACUGAUUUGAACGAGCUGGCCUCAGAAUCAGAGCCAUGGCUAUCAUCGGAGAAGCUCGUUGUGAAGCCAGACAUGCUGUUUGGCAAGCGAGGAAAGAGCGGCCUCGUUGCUCUCAAUCUCGAUCUUUCUCAGGCUGCUUCUUUCGUAAAAGAUCGCCUUGGAAAAGAGGUGGAGAUAGGAGGUUGUAAGGGACCGAUCACUACGUUCAUUGUCGAACCGUUCGUUCCCCAUGACCAAGAAUACUACCUCAACAUUGUCUCCGAGAGACUCGGUUGUAGCAUCAGCUUUUCCGAAUGCGGAGGAAUUGAAAUUGAAGAGAACUGGGAUAAGGUUAAGACUAUAUUCAUUCCCACGGAGGCUUCUCUAACCUCCGAUACUUGUGCUCCCCUUGUCGCAACACUUCCGCUGGAGGUAAAACGAAAGAUUGAGGAGUUCAUUAAAGCAGUUUAUGCCUUGUUUAUCGACUUGGACUUCACAUUCCUGGAGAUGAACCCAUUUGCUUUAGUUGAUGGAAAUCCUUAUCCUUUGGACAUGAGAGGAGAGCUCGAUGAUACUGCUACUUUUAAAAACUUCAAGAAGUGGGGUGACAUUGAGUUCCCGAUGCCAUUUGGAAGAGUCAUGAGCGCUUCUGAAAACUUUGUUCAUGGACUGGAUGAAAAGACUAGCGCAUCUUUGAAGUUCACAGUCCUAAACCCAAAAGGAAGAAUUUGGACCAUGGUAGCUGGUGGAGGUGCUAGCGUUAUAUAUGCUGACACGGUUGGAGAUUUGGGAUAUGCUUCUGAACUUGGGAACUAUGCUGAAUACAGUGGAGCUCCAAAAGAAGAUGAGGUGCUGCAAUAUGCAAGAGUUGUGAUAGAUUGUGCAACAGCAGACCCUGACGGCGAUAAGAGAGCUCUCGUUAUUGGUGGAGGGAUUGCUAACUUUACAGAUGUUGCUGCAACCUUCAGUGGCAUUAUCAGGGCAUUAAGAGAGAAGGAAUCGAAGCUUAAAGCUGCAAGGAUGCACAUCUAUGUGAGAAGAGGAGGUCCAAAUUAUCAAACUGGUCUUGCAAAAAUGCGACGCCUUGGAGAGGAACUUGGCAUCCCUCUUGAAGUCUACGGUCCAGAGGAAACGAUGACAGGUAUAUGCAAGCAGGCAAUUGAGUGCAUCACAACCUCUGCGUAAACAUGGAAGGCGCUCGAUAAAGUUAGUUACCUUCCGUACGUUUUAGUAGAAUGAAUCCAGUUGUCGCUCGUCUACUGAACAUCUCCAAUGAGGAAGAAAGCAAAGCAGCGAUUAAUAGAUUGAUCACAUUGCUGAGUUGAACAUUGAGAAGCAAGCGUUGUUGUUUGGUUGAUGCCAGUUUUUAGUUUUAUUUGAAGAAUAUGAAUAAUUUGCUCUUCUGAGUGUCAGGCACAUGUACUUCUCUGUUGGUUUGGUGCCUCUCAAUCUCAUGCUCGCACUGAAUUUAUUUCACAAUUAAAGCUCUUGCCUAACUAGUACUUGAUAGAAACUAAAACUUCGGCGCGCAACCAAUACGGGUGAAUGCU